AUGACAUGGCUGACACUGUUUUAUCUCGAACAUAUGUUACUUGAAGAGGCAGAGACGAUGAUAAACAGGCUAAGCUCAGCCGAGUCACAGGCGCCUCAUCCGCACAUGGUUGCAUUAAAAGAUGUUCAAGUGUUACAAGGUCAUUCACAGAUGCGCAAACACAAUAUCGAUAAUGCUGUGUCCAUCUUCCAACACUGUACCGACCUCUACGCGAACAAAGCCGGGAUUUCAAACGUCGGCACAAUCUCCACACUCAUAAGUGGCGUGGAAGCCAUGCUUAUGCAAGGAAACAUAGAAGACGCCACCCAGAUUAUUUACGACGCAGAAAGUAUCUCAAAAGGGAUAAAUAGUCCCCGUGCCCUUGCACUCCGCAUAAAAUGGAACAUGGCCCGCCACAGCAUGCUCAUGGGAGAGUACGGUCGUGCCCUCAGCCGCUACAAAGACCUUUGCGAGGAACAUGAAAGAUACCAUGAUCAUGCAGGCUCUUCGUCGCGCAGAUGGGAGGCUCUUCACUGUGCAUUGGGUGAAAUAUACCUCAAACUCGGAGAUCUGGAACUUGCUCGUGUGGAAUAUGAAAUUGGAAACGCAAGUACAAGCCGAAAAACCCUAGCUUCUAAAUCAGACCCAAAAAACAUCACACAAUGGCUUAUUUAUGGGUCCUUGGAGAGAACGAAGGUCGUGCCAUUAGUGCGAAUGAAAAAGCAAGGGAUUAUUCCAUGA